CCUCACUCUCUAUCUCUCUCUCAUCCUAAUCCCAGUCGUCCCACCCGCCAUGAGCAACAGCUCAAGCUCGUUCGACAUGGCAAGUCUUUCUCCACCACAGCGCCGAGACGCCAUGCGUACUCUCACGCGCAUAAUGGAAAUGCUUGCCGACGAACCACAAAAUGCCCUCGUCGACGACUGGUUCCAGCGCGCAGUCACACAAUACGACGAGCUCAUGUCUGGCCGCUAUCUCCACCUUAAGCGGCGCGAUCACACGGACCGCGCCAUGCCCUCGCCUUUAAACCUCUCUGGUAUCCAGCCCGCUGCCCCGACAGCGCCCCCACGCCCCCUCCUCCCCGCCCUCCCGCGCCUCGACCAGGCCGACAUCGACGACCUGAACAAGGUCUUCAAGUUCCUGACCUCCCCCUGCCUCCCUCCCCCAUUGCAAGGCGACGAGUCGGGCACGGUUUUCGUGCUCGCCGGCAACGCCAUCCUUCCCCUCGCAUACGAACUCUUUGACCACAUCGAGUACCUACAGGAUGACGAGCCAGUUACGCUCGUCAUCAGCGGCGGGCGCGGCCACUCGACACCAUAUCUCUACGACGCGGUUGCGCGCGACAAGCACCUGCGCGGCAUCACAACAGAGGGCGAGACUGAGGCCGACAUACUUGUCGAAGUCGCGCGCAAAACGUUCGACAUCGACUAUGCUGUUGGCAACGGGUCCCUCCGCCUUCUCCUCGAUCCGCAGAGCACCAACUGCGGCGCGAACGCUAUCGAGACCAAGCGCCUGCUUGACGAAGCGGGAAUUUGGCCAAAGACGAUAUUCGUCGUGCAAGACCCCACGAUGCACCGCCGCACCCUCGCCUCCUUUGAGAAGGUGUACGCCGAGGACCCGCGCGCCACGCGCGACGGCAUGCCCGCAAUACAGGGGUGGACGCUGCAGCCUAAGGUCAGGCGCGGGGAGGGCGGCGUGCUCGAGUGGAAGACGGACGAGGUGGACGACGACCAGCUGUGGGAGCCUGCGCGCUUUGUGAGUCUCGUGUUGGGCGAGAUUCCGCGCUUGCGCGACGACCAGAACGGGUACGGGCCCAAGGGCGCAGGAUAUAUCGCUCACGUCGACAUCCCACAAGACGUCGAGGAGGCAUGGGGGCGAUUGCAUGCGCGCCUGGGUGUCAAGUCUUGAGCUCUCUGUGGUGGAGGCUCGGAUCCGGAUCCGACCUGGAGUGGUGGAGGGGAGGUUGUGGAGGGUGUGGGGUGGAGGAAGUGGAGGGUGGAGGCCGGUACGCCGGUGAAGAGAUAUGACGGGAUGACGACAUGACGAGAGGAUUAGAUGAUCAGAAGACCAGAAUAAGUCUUGUCUCCGGCCAGGCUGGUAAUAUCACCAAGCGAGCACAGCAAGCGAGGUCUGCACCCCGCUGGCGGCAUGACUUUGACCCGAGGGCCCUUGGCCGAACUUGACCGGUCGCCGGUCGGUGCCGGCGUUUCAUCACUCGUUUCGUCACUCGUUUCGUCACUCGCGCAUUUGUAUGGACUUUGUCCGCCAUCAUCUGCAUGCAGCAUUGUAUACAUAAAC